GCGCGCUCCUCGCCGGUGGCGCCAGUGAAGACAAGCGUACUGGAGGCGGCGGUUUCAGGAGGGGGGUUGCUGUCAGUUUUCUGACGCCCUUGCUUCUUCCGGAUGACACGAACGAGAAAAGACACAAAGUUCUGCUCUCUGGGCGUUUUCGAGUCCAGUUUUUAUCUGCCUUUCGAGACGCAGACUGUUCAGAAAUGCACUCCCCCGAUCGAGGUUCCACGCACAGUUCUACAGGCUACUUUUCUCACACCGGAAGACUAGGUGUGCUUUCACCACCCCAGAAAAGAAUCCAAGCAGCCCGCUCCAGAUUGAGAGAAGCGUGUCUCGCUUUCUUUUCUGCGUGCCAUUCUGUUACUGGUACGUUUUCUCUCCCUCGAGUUCACUCCAGCAGGAGACUUGUUUUCGUUCUCCGGUUCUCCGAUUCGCUUUUUCAGAUUCGCAGGUUGAAGACAACCUCUCUUCGGUCGAAAAGCAGUUGCUGUCGGCUGUCUCCUCCCCCCUCUCCCGGCCGUGUGCCUUGCGGGUUCGCCUCUGCCCUCUCGGCGGCGUUCGUCUUUGCAUUUCUCUUUUUAUCUUCUUCUCUUUCUCUCAGUCGCUCUUCUUUUUCUCAGACACAGCCAGGCCUCUGUCUCCCUCCACUCUUCUGCGUUCGCGCCACUUCGCCGUCGACUGCCUGCAUCAAGCUCCGCCCCCCUCGGCAUUUGACGUCUGUCGCUUUUUCUUUUGCUUUCUCCAUCUGCAAGAGAUCAGAGCCUCAAGCACGGUAUCCAUCCAGACCCUGUGGACAUCCACCGGACGCGGGAGACACCCGAGAGAGGAGAAGACCGAUUUCUUCAGAAACGAAAAAGACAGACGAAAUGACGGCCGCACAAGUCGCCUCACAGGGCGGAGUCAAGUACUGCUGCCUGAAGACUCUGAACCCCUACGUCGUGCGCUGGCGUCUGAAAGUUCGCGUGGUGGAGCGGACGGAUCUGAUGUCGACGAAGAAUGCGCGCCAGUUCUUUACAGCAGACUUGAAAGACGCGUCGGGCGAGGUAAUUCGCGCGGUCUUCUGGGGUGACGCUGCCGAGCACUGGAGUCCAGUUCUCAAACAAGGCAAGGUGUAUCAGAUGAGCAAGGGCAGAGUGCAAGUGGCGAACAAGCGAUUCAACACGGUCGGGCACCAGUACGAAUUAGUAUUUUACCGCGAUUCGGAAAUCACAGAAGUUGCUGACGAAGGCGACAUCUCCACUGCGCGAAAGUUGAAGGCGCUAAUGAGUCUGAGAGACAUCGCAGAAUCGAAGCGCGAGUUGCCUUUCUUCGCAGAUGUCCUCGUUGUCGUGGUCGAGUCUCAGCCGGUCACUUCCGUCGUGUCGAAGAAAACCGGCGAAGAAUUCAAACGCAGAAAUGUGAAAGUUGUGGAUCGCUCGCAGUACGAAAUGGAAAUCUCGCUCUGGGGGAAUCAGGUGGAUGCGCUGGAAGGCGUCUCUCUGCCUCGAGUUGUCGCGUUCACUGGUCUUCAAGUUCGAGAGUGGCAAGGCGGCCGCCAGGCCUCUACGGGAAAGGGCGGCGAGAUUCUGACGUCUCUCCAGUCGUUCGCAGGAGCGGACAAAGACUCUCAAACCCUUCUUCAGUGGUACAAAGAGAACAGCGGCUCUGUUCGCUUCGCCUCCAUGUCUCGCAGCGGUACGGGAGAAAUGGGCGGCGCCGGGGCGCUCGAGAAGCGACGCGUGGAAGAGAAAUGCGUCGAUGAAAUCAAGCAAAUGACAGAUGGAGCCUUUAGUUUUAUUGGCCAGAUUCGUCGGGUGUACUGGCGAGCGCGGAGAAGAGACGCUGGCGAAGAUCGAGAUCGACAAAUGGGGACUUCGGGUGCAGACGCUCAACAGGCUGUCAUCAUGUAUCCUGCAUGCAGUUCGUGUCGAAAGAAACUCGUGGAGAACGGCGAGGGAGACUACACCUGCUACGCAUGCGACAAACCUCAUGCGCAGGCAGACUGGCGUUACAUGUUGAUGGUUAACUUCGUGGACCAUACAAGCAACAUAACGAUUCGCUGUUUCGCGGAUCAAGCUGAGGAGCUGCUCGGAGUCCCGGCCAACGAACUCCAAACUUGGUCCCUGAAGGAAAAGGAGAAACUCUUGGACUGUCUCCUUCCUCUCGAUGUUUAUUUCCGCGUGGUAAUUCGAGCUCGUGUGGAAAUGUACAACGGCGAGGAACGGGUCCAAAGAACGGCGAUAAAAAUCGAGAAACUUUCGCCUGCAGAGACGGCACGCCGCCUGGUAGCUUUGACCAAGGAACUGCUGUCCCAAGCAUCGCCGAGCGUCAAGGACGAGGUCUCGAGGAAACGCCCGGACUCACUGAUGUCGGGAGAAGAGGCUGACCGAGACGAGAACACAGCUCCCAAUGUUUUCCUUUAAACGUAGAAGAGGCAAGCCUGAGACCGACAGAAGGACUGCAGAAAUGAAGACACAGCCUGAAACUGUCUGUCGAUCCUGGAGGCGGCGUACAAAGAAAGGAAGCAGCCUUCUGCGGGAGCGACGCAGAUGGCAAACGCAGAACGUUUUUUCAUCUGUUUGUGUCGUUUUUCACCGUUGUGUAUUUACAAUUUGGUGGGUGAAACAAGAGGGACACCGUGCACAAUCUUUUACCUUCCUCUCCGCGUGAAUUGCGGCUCUUGGCAAGCAAAGAGACAGCCACUUUCGGUUUUUUUUGUGCUCUCUCUCUGUUUGAGCACGACUCCUCAUGAUGCGUUCAGUGUGCCUGAACCGGAGGACGAGGGAAGACAGUGAAGAGUUUGGAGUGCUGUUGUCUGUGGUCGUACGUCUGCGAAGAAAACCGUCUUCUCGCCAACAGGGAAAUGCAGACUCACAAAAGAGUCUGGGUUUUCCAGACUGUGGGGUCUUGACACUUGGUCUGGUGUGAUGGAGUUUUCUCACUCAACUUUUCAGCAUACUCAGGAUCUGUUUCGCACCACGCGUUUCAACUCGUGUGUCACACUUAUUGUUCUUGCCAUUCUUCCCGUUUCUUUCGCCGGUGGUUUUCUUCUCGUGGGCGGGGUCGACCGCUCUCUUCGGUGUCGCGGCCAAGUGCAGACACAUGCUGAGAGACGCCCUGAGCGCCCUUACGCGCGGCGCGUGCAUGCAGAAAAACA